AGGCGCGCCGGCGGGGUACGGUGACAGCUAGCUCGAUCGCUGCUGCGCAUGCAUGCACUAAGUAAUGGUUAAAACCGCAAUUGACAGUUCAAUUUUCUGGGACACAGAAAUUUAUUUUGCUUAUAAAUUUCAAAUAAAUGUCGUCUAAAGUAAUGGCAUUGAUCGGUUUGGACUCAUAUCAUCAUUACUUGUCAUCUGCCGUAAUCUGGUUAUCAAACCUCCCUGUUUGAACGACAAAAACACCACCAAUAUUGGUGCUCUUUAAUGGGAUUUGGACCGAAAUGUGUUCUCCCUUCCGCGAAAAGUGGUGAGGGGAGUCGCUUCGUUUGCGUGUAAGCCGUGGGGAAGUUACCCGUGCGUGUGUGCGAUCAUGGCGGCAGGGAGGCUAGGUGAACUAUGGAUGAAAUUUUGGGUACCGCCUCGCCCGACGAUGAAGGUCGACAAGAAAACUCUAGAAAGAACAUGGAAACUCAUGGAGAAAGUCAUGAGAUUAUGCCAGUCGGACAAAAUGAAACUGAAGAACAGUCCUCCUUUUAUUCUGGAUAUUUUACCGGAGACGUAUCAUCAUCUCAGACUUGUUUGGUCUAAAUACGAAGGAGAUGACAAAUUGGGGGAACUUGUCGAAAAUGAGUACUUCAAAAUAUUUGUCGAUAACAUCAACAAAAAGGCCAAACAGACAAUACAACUUUUCAGAGACAAUAAAGAGAAAAUGUACGAUGAGUCUUCUACCUGUAGAAGGCAACUCAAUCGAAUGUCCCUGAUUUUUAGUCACAAUUUAGCCGAGUUGAAAGCUCUGUUUCCAAAUGGACAAUUCGCGGGGGAAACCUAUCGCAUCACGAAGGCGGAUGCUGCUCAAUUUUGGAAGAAGAAUUUUGCAUCGAGAACUAUUGUGUCAUGGAAGGUCUUCCGGCAAGCCCUAACGGAAGUCCAUCAGGUUCGCUCCUCGAUGGAAACCUUCGCCUUAAAGACAACCAUAGAUCUCACCCGCAAUGACUACAUCUCCAACUUUGAAUUCGAUGUCUUCACCCGUCUGUUUCAGCCCUGGUCUACCCUACUUCGCAAUUGGAACUGCCUAGCGGUCAACCACAGGGGGUAUAUGUCCUUCAUGACGUAUGAUGAAGUCAAGAAUAGAUUGGAACAGUACAUUAACAAGCCGGGGAGCUAUAUAUUUCGUCUAAGCUGUACCCGGUUAGGACAAUGGGCCAUAGGCUACGUCACCCAAGACAAGACUAUCUUACAAACCAUUCCACAGAAUAAAUCUCUAUGUCAAGCACUCAUAGAUGGAAAUAGGGAAGGAUUCUACCUUUACCCUGAUGGUUGCGAGGACAAUCCAGAUCUGACGUCGGUACUGACUAAACCGCCUGAAGAACUAAUCCAUGUUACGGCUGACCAGUAUGAACUCUACUGCGAGAUCGGAUCUAGCUUCCAACUCUGCAAGAUCUGUACAGAGAACGACAAGGACAUCAAGCUGGAACCUUGCGGACAUCUUCUUUGCUCACAAUGUCUUUCUGCGUGGCAGGUAAAUAUCAAGCAGGUGACCUAGAGUGGGGAGUGCUCACGAGGCCGAAUUUCUCAUAUUGUAUAGAGUACUGAAGUGAUGACGUCAUAUUUAAAAAGAUUUCAGCGUUUUUUAUGCCAUACCUCUGUGGGACAUGAUGAGAGACCCCCACAAAGCAAAUUUGGUGGGAAUUGGUCCAUGGGGCCCCCCAAGUUAUGACCUCAUGGAUGCAUAAUUGAAGUCGAUGUAUUAUUGGCCUGGUUAACAUUUAGAUCCAGGUUGUUUAUAAUACAUUGAUUUCAACAGGGCUAAUUAUGUAUUCAUGAACCCCAUGGACUGAUUCUCCCUAAAUUUGGGUUGAGGAGGUAUUUCAUCAUGCUCAACUGAAAGAUGGUAUCAAAAACGGUAAAAUACAAAAACAGAAAAUUGAUGACGUCACACUUCCAGAACUAGAAAAUAGCUUAACAAACACAAACAAAAACACCCCCUCUCAAUGAAAUGAAAGCAAAAAUAUUAAGUAUGAGACUUAUGAAUUCCAUAUAGCUUUACAUUCAGGCCUACAUUGUGUAUAAAUUGCUUUUCUUGAUUUUGAACCUACAUUGUACAAUGAACAAAAUAUUCAUUCUGCUCCUAUCAACUCUGUUAAACCUUAAUAUAAUCUGUCAACCAUAAAAUACGAGGUCUUUUGUUUAUUUAUGAUAAUAUGAGCUUUCAGUUUCAAAAUUGAAAUUUGUUGGAAACAUCAAAAUAGCCUUCAUUUACAAGUUCAUGCAAUGUCAUUCCUAAUGUUUGAAGAGCUACCAGCAGACUCAGCAGAGAGGUAAGAAGGGCCCUUAUCAGUCUGCUGUGCAAACCCUUACAUUCGUGUUAAAGAUAAAUGAAAGUAGUUGCAGUAAACACUGAUUUCACGAGAAAGUCUGUAAAACCAGGCUUAAUUGUCAUGCUAUAUUAUCGAGGAUCUAGAUCUGGUACAGUUACAUAAACUGAACUUUGUGAAAUCUUGAAAUCUACACUGAAAAAUGUUCACACUGAAGAUCACCAACACAGCUAAGCGCACGUGGGACAGUGUAUAAUUAUUGCUUUGAAUGUCGGCCCGACGCUUGACCUGAAUCCCGUGCUUAUUUGCUAAUUUCUCAGCAAUUACACAAUUUCUUCCAGAAUCCUUUGGCACAUAUUUUUAUUUAUACAAACAGACACUUCGGUGGUCAUUUCAUUGGAUUCUGUACAAACUCAUUUUGAAAUCGUUACCACAACUGGCAUUUAUCUUUAAGGGUCUGGAUGUGCAGCCUAUGAUGCCCUGUUUACUGAAUGCCCUCUUGCUAGUCUUUGUGUGGAGACCCACUUGUUGAUCGAAGUUUCAAUCAGGGUCUGUGUCCCCAUACUAGGCCCCACUAUUUUCUUGGUCUGCUAGAAGUCUUUCUACUUCGCAGAUCGUCUACUCUAACUCUAACCCCAUCUCGGCGAAACCGAUUUGGUUUACCAUCAAGUUGGGCUAUUACCCUGUGGUCCACUAUCACUUUGUCUAUUAACAUCUAUCACUUGGUCUAAUAUCUCUUGGUCUAAUACCUACAUGUAGAUGGUCUAAUUUUACAAAAUAUUACUUGUUUCAUCUAACCAUAUACAUGUAGCCAGUGUCAACUAUAAUUAAAAAAGACAAAGUGGGUCUAGCCUAACUGGUAAUUAGAUAGGUCUAAAAUGGUAUUCUCUCUUGGCAAUUAGACCAAAUAGACAAACUAGUUGUAGACUAACUACAUGUAGGAUUAGACCAUGUGGGAUGAGACAGAUGGAAAGUACAUACAUACAUGUAUGUACUGAUACAAAAUAUACCAAGUGGCAAUUAUACAUUGCCUGAUACAGACAAUAGAAUGCUAACGCCCUUCUUGAACUCACAUGCAUGUCCCGGCCUAUAUUUUGAGAUAUUGAACUCAUGUGCUCUUUAAUAGCUUUCGUUUCUCAAUUGGUACUAGAAAAUCAGAGGCAGGCUACAUGCCUAUAAAUACUGUACAUCUUCAUAUUUUAAGGGAAAAGGCCACUUUCCUGUAGAUACACUGUAGAUGCAUGUACAUGUAUCUACAUUGCCGAGGUGGGGGUUGGUUCAAGGAGGAGGAGACAGCCAAAGAAGGAAUGUAAGAGGCAAGUGGAGGAGGAGAGUAUGAGGGUUUGGUUUAGGAUGGAGGAUGAACUGAAUCUUGCACAGUGGAGGGAGGGGGUAAGGGGCAAUUGCUUCGAGUGUGAGGCAACCAAAAAAUUACACGGGGGCGGCGGGCGAAUUCGCCCAGGAAAGUCCAAAAAGAGCCCCGGAAAAGGGCUAAAAACAUUCACACGAGGGCGACUGCAAAACUCAUAAUCGCCCCCGUCAACUAGGCUUGGGAGCCAGCGCCGGGUAAUCGAGUCUACCCGAUUCUCAAUGCCAGAGUCGGGGAGUCGACCCUGAUCUCUGGAGACUCGAGUACCAAGCGGCGGCGGUUCUGAGAUAAAGGGACUCGAGUCUUUGCCAUGCUCUCUCAUUCAUGGACGAAAAUCGGCCCCAGCGCCGACUCCAAGCACUGAGAUAAAAUAAAUGUAGAAUUUGGAGCCGAGGAGUCAUAUGCCUAGUUGACACUUUCACGAUUUUCGGUUCCCGCAUAGUUCACGCACUGAUAUUGCGUCAUGCGUGCCAAUGCGUCGACACUUGCGGGAAGGGGCGGGACGAUGAGCGGCAAUGCGCAGCAAUGCGUGAAGAGC